AUGGUUUCAAAGCUAUUAAGUUUAACUUCCCUCCUCUUUUACAUCCUUUUUCAUGCAAGCUUCAUUUUACUUGCCCCAAAUUCCACUUUCGGCUUCACAAAUGAGACGGACAAGCAAGCCUUGCUAGCCAUCAAGGAUCAAAUUGUUGAAGACCCUUUCCAGGUCUUUAGCUCAUGGAAUGAUUCUAUCCACUUUUGUAAGUGGAAAGGAGUCACAUGUGGUCUCCAGCAUCAGAGGGUGACCAUCCUAAACUUGUCAUCCUUGAAAUUAGUUGGUUCCUUGUCUAGUCACAUAGGAAACCUUUCCUUCCUUAGACGGAUCAGUCUUGAGAACAACUACUUCCAUGGCACUAUCCCCCAAGAAAUUGGUCGAUUGUUUCGCCUACAACAUCUCUCACUUUGGAGCAACUCCUUUCAAGGUGAGUUCCCUACCAAUUUGACUGAUUGCUUAGACAUCAGAGUCGUCAAUAUAUCUUCAAACAAUCUUGCAGGAAGAAUUCCUAUCGAACUAGGAUCAUUUACGAAUCUUUUACAAUUGGAUCUUUCUAGAAAUCAUUUCACUGGCAACAUACCACCUUCACUGGGUAAUCUCUCCUCUCUUGGCGUACUUAUUCUUCACAAUAACAAUCUAAAUGGAAGCAUUCCUUUCGAACUUGGAAAGCUUUCCAACUUGAAAUAUUUUCUAUUGAGUUCCAACAACUUGUCCGGAAUGAUUCCUACCCCGCUUUACAACAUCUCAUCCAUCCAUAUCUUUGCUCUAGCUGCCAACCAGUUAAGCGGAACCCUCCCCCAAGAACUGGGAUUGACCCUUCCAAAACUAAUAUCAUUCUUACUUGGUGGUAACCAAUUCUAUGGGCCUAUCCCACCAUCAUUGUCCAACGCUUCAGCACUUGUUGAAUUAGAUAUCGCUAUUAAUUUUUUCAGUGGGUCUGUACCAAUGAAUUUGGGCAACCUUCGAGAUCUAGAAUGGCUAAAUAUUAAUUUUAACCGACUCGGAACUAAAAAAGCCAAUGACUUGAGCUUCCUUGAUUCAUUAACCAAUUGUACAAAUCUAGGACUUCUAUCUUUAGGUUGGAAUUACUUUGGGGGUCUACUGCCCAAUUCAAUUGCAAAUCUAUCCAUCAAUCUCAACUCACUUGGGAUAAAUCAAAACUACCUAUCUGGAAUCAUACCUCAAGGGAUUGAGAACCUCAUCAACUUAAAGGUUUUAGCCUUACAUGAGAAUAUGCUCACUGGAAGUAUUCCUGAAUCCAUUGGAAAAAAUUCUAAGUUGGAAGAACUCUACAUUUUUGCAAAUAACAUCUCAGGAAAAAUUCCAUCAUCUAUUGGCAACAUGUCUCGGUUGAGCAUUCUUUCAUUAGGACCAAAUAUGCUAGGGGGAAGCAUACCUGUUGCAUUGGGAAAUUGA